CACUGCCAACCAAACUCAGCUUCCGUUGUACAAAAAAAGAAGCAAAAAAAAGCUCAGAACUUCAUAGCAGUAGCCAUGGCUUCUGCAGUGGCUGCCCUGUUUAACAUUGUUAGAACUCCAAACAUUGCUCGCCACAAAGUCCACAAUUCCAGAAUCUGCAGCCAAAUUAUCAAACAAAGAGCCAAAUUUUUGCUCUUCCCUUCUACCAGUGUACCAUUUCAAGCUCUACCAGAGCCAAAGCAAGCUUUUUCUACCAUUACUUGCUCUGCUACGGAUAAGCCAACCUCGUCCUCCGAAAUUAGUUCCACAGCAAGGAUAAGAAGUGAAGUUCUGACUCCGUUUCGCUCAGUUCGGAUGUUCUUCUACGUAGCAUUCAUAGCGAGUGCUGGUCUUGGAGGACUCAUUGCGACCACCCAGUUGAUUGGUGCGUUGACAAAUCCAUCGAGAGCAGCAGAAGUGACUGAAAUCUCAAAGGGUCUGGCCAUAGACGUGGGAGCAGUAUUGAUCUUUGCUUUUCUUUAUUCAAGAGAAAACAAUGCCAAAAAUGCACAGUUGGCUAGGCUAUCUCGAGAGGAAAGCCUUUCGAAUCUGAAGCUGAGAGUGGACGAUAAGAGAGUGAUUCCUCUAAGUUCAUUGAGAGGCAUUGCUCGGCUUGUGAUCUGUGCUGGCCCUGAGUCUUAUAUCUCUGAGUCAUUUAGACUGAGCCAGCCUUUUACCGAAGGGCUUUUGGAACGUGGAGUGCUUGUGGUACCAUUUUCUACUGAUGGGAAUGUGCCUAAGUUUGAGUACGAAGAGAGUGAUGAGAAGACAAGUGAGACUACUAGUCCUAAUAGGAAGAAGCUAUGGCAGCUGAGAACUUAUGAUGUGUCUGCAUGGUCCGAGUGGUUAAAUGAGCAGAAGAAGAUGGCUAAUGUCUCCCCUGACUCUCCUGUGUAUUUAUCUCUAAGACUAGAUGGUCGAGUUCGUGGCAGUGGCGUUGGUUACCCACCUUGGAAUGCUUUUGUUGCUCAGUUACCUCCAGUGAAGGGAUUAUGGUCAGGUCUCCUAGAUGGAAUGGAUGGAAGAGUCCUUUGAAGAACAUGUUCUCAUUUUUUGUGUGUACACAGGUUAAUGUUCUCAAGCAGAGAUUUUGGUUCACAUACACCUUCAUGUAUAUACUCAGCGAUUUAGCCAAUAACAUACUGUGAUAUAUGGUGCUCUUAUCCAUCUUUACAUUUGAUUCCACAUAUCUUUGGCCUUACUCACUUUCACUACCGAAACAAAUGUAAAAAAUAUUUGUACUUCUUUAAGAGAACAAGUUACUGUUAUUCAGAUUCAUAGUCAUGCAGUUCAUCAAUAUAGAAAAAUAUAGCUUACUCAUCUGGUGUACAAUGUAUCUCUAGCAGCUAAGUCUUUUUGUUUUGUUAAUAUAUAUCAAAAGAUAUGAUCUUUUGUGUGUGUUA